UUACAGACAGUCAGAAGUCAAACCUGAACCUGAAAAAAACUAACAUGAAUACCAUCACUUGUGUAUUGUUCGUUGCGUUGGCGUACUCCGCGUAUUGCAACCCAUUGGGUCAGACGACAGUGUGCGAGUCUGCACAGAAUAUGCCUGGCGUGCCGCUAGGUGGCGCCACCACAGUAUGCGAAUCUACACCCAACAUUUAUCCGUACUAUGGCUGUGGUCUCCCUCUCUACGGCGGGCUCGGUCCCUACAGCCUGCCUUACCCAGCUCUAAACUCUGCCACCGUGUGCGAAAGCACCCCUAACAUAGGCCUUGGAGGAUUGGGAGGACUCAACUUACUAAACCAGUGGGGUAACUACCCGAUCGGUCUGCCUUUAGGCCUGCCUCUCGGCGUCCCUAAUGUCGGAUCUACAACUGUAUGUGAGAAUGUCCCUAACAUGUUGAAUUAUGGCGCGUUGGGCUAUCCUUACACUGGUUUACCGAUGAUCAACGGUUUAGGCUCUUCUACUGUCUGUGAAAGUACACCUAAUAUUGGUUUGAGUCCAUGUGGCAUGCCUCUCGGGGGAUUGCCUUUAGGCGGCCUUCCUCUCGGAGGCCUGCCUCUGGGUGGUUUACCUCUUGGAGGCUUGCCUCUAGGUGGUUUACCACUCGGAAUGCCUCUGAAUGGACUGGGCAUGGGCCUGGGAGCGGCGGGAGUUCCUUUUUUAUAA